ACUCCGCGUCCACCUAAAAUCCAGACAUCCAUGUAUCCAAAACAAGUGCUCUCGCGACAAAAGAAACCGAAAACGCAGUGAAAUUAACGAGUUUUAUGUAAUGUCAAACUCGGAAACGCUCUUCUCGUGUGCUAAAGUGGCCCCUCUGACAUGUUUCAGCCAAUGUCAGCCCGAGAUUAGGACAAUCAGACGAGUUGUGGACUUGUGUGUGGUUUAUUAGAAAAGUGCAGGGAAAACCAACAAAGGACUGAAAUGUAAUAAUAACACCUGUUGGUUAGACAAGGUACCUCUCUCAGAAUAAACAUGUCUGCUGGUACAGAACUGAAGAAUAUGCAGCCAGGUAUACCCCAGCUGCUACCUGAUCUCACAACUUUAAGUCUCAUCGGACACAGAUCUCAAGUGAAUAAUCAUUUGUCGCAUCACGCGACCAUGCAACAACAACAGCAACUAAAUGAGUCGUGGCAGACCAGCCCGCCUCAUCAAAGUGCUAGUCCCCCGCCACAAACCGCAUUCGCUGAUCCACUCUCAGCAACCGCCCCUGGAACCGCUAGCACCGCCGUGGCCGUCGUGGGGGCGACGAGCACGGCCCUCGCCACCGUGCCACCCACGACAGAUCCGCCGGUCUUCCAAUGUCCCCGUCGGCCAAAUCUCGGCCGCGAAGGCCGUCCCAUUGGCUUGAAAGCCAACCAUUUCCAAGUGACGAUGCCGCGUGGCUUCGUCCAUCACUACGACGUGAGCAUACAGCCCGAUAAAUGCCCCAGAAAGGUCAAUCGGGAAAUUAUCGAGACUAUGGUACACGCCUAUGGUAAAAUUUUCGGCAACUUGAAGCCGGUCUUCGACGGUAGAAACAAUCUCUACACGCGUGAUCCUCUACCGAUUGGUAAUUCACGCGAGGAGUUGGAAGUGACGUUGCCUGGCGAAGGCAAGGAUAGGUUGUUUAGGGUGACAAUAAAAUGGGUGGCGCAAGUGUCGCUUUACGGACUCGAGGAAGCGCUAGAAGGGAGAACACGACAAAUACCGUAUGAGGCAAUUCUGGCGCUUGAUGUCGUAAUGAGACACUUACCGUCGAUGAGUUACACGCCAGUUGGUCGAAGCUUCUUCAGCAGUCCGGAAGGGUAUUAUCAUCCGUUGGGUGGUGGGCGAGAGGUUUGGUUUGGGUUUCACCAGUCGGUCAGGCCUAGCCAAUGGAAAAUGAUGUUGAAUAUUGAUGUUUCUGCAACUGCUUUUUACAAAGCACAGCCGGUUAUCGAAUUUAUGUGCGAAGUUUUGGAUAUUCGAGAUAUCAACGAACAGAGAAAACCGCUAACUGAUAGUCAACGUGUCAAAUUUACGAAAGAAAUCAAAGGUUUGAAAAUCGAAAUAACACAUUGUGGGACCAUGAGGCGGAAGUAUAGGGUGUGCAAUGUGACACGAAGACCGGCUCAGAUGCAAUCUUUCCCCCUCCAACUGGACAACGGACAGACCGUAGAGUGUACCGUAGCAAAGUAUUUCCUCGACAAGUACAAAAUGAAAUUAAGAUACCCCCAUUUACCGUGCCUCCAGGUUGGCCAGGAACACAAACACACCUAUUUGCCGUUAGAAGUCUGUAACAUUGUAGCUGGCCAACGAUGCAUCAAGAAACUAACGGAUAUGCAAACAUCCACUAUGAUAAAAGCUACAGCAAGAUCAGCACCGGACAGAGAACGUGAAAUCAACAACUUGGUAAGGAGGGCUGAUUUCAACAACGACCCCUACGUGCAAGAAUUCGGCUUGACAAUCAGUAACAACAUGAUGGAAGUUCGCGGUAGGGUUCUCCCACCUCCUAAACUACAGUACGGUGGUCGGGUGGCUUCCCUCAGCGGACAGGUGGGCUGGCACAGCAAACAGCAAGCGAUGCCUAAUCAAGGCGUGUGGGACAUGCGAGGCAAACAAUUCUUUACGGGUGUGGAAAUCAGAGUUUGGGCCAUCGCUUGUUUUGCUCCACAGCGUACCGUGAGGGAAGACGCUUUAAGGAAUUUCACACAGCAGCUACAAAAAAUCUCAAACGAUGCAGGCAUGCCAAUAAUCGGACAACCAUGUUUUUGUAAAUAUGCGACAGGUCCGGACCAAGUCGAGCCAAUGUUCCGGUACCUGAAAUCGACUUUCCAGUCAUUGCAACUCGUUGUCGUUGUCUUGCCUGGAAAGACACCUGUCUAUGCUGAAGUUAAAAGGGUAGGCGACACAGUAUUAGGGAUGGCCACCCAAUGUGUUCAAGCAAAAAAUGUAAACAAAACAUCACCACAGACACUGUCAAAUCUAUGCCUCAAAAUAAACGUUAAGCUAGGAGGUAUCAACAGCAUUCUUGUGCCAUCGAUCAGACCAAAGAUAUUUAACGAACCUGUCAUAUUUCUGGGUGCUGAUGUCACUCAUCCUCCAGCCGGCGACAAUAAAAAACCUUCAAUAGCAGCCGUCGUCGGUUCAAUGGACGCUCAUCCCUCACGUUAUGCCGCCACUGUUCGCGUCCAGCAACACCGACAAGAGAUCAUCCAAGAGUUGAGCUCAAUGGUUCGGGAACUUUUGAUAAUGUUUUACAAAUCGACCGGCGGCUACAAACCCCAUCGUAUCAUUUUGUACAGAGAUGGCGUGUCAGAAGGACAAUUUCUCCAAUUAUUACAGCAUGAAUUAACAGCGAUUCGAGAAGCUUGCAUCAAAUUGGAGAGCGAUUAUAAGCCGGGUAUUACGUUUAUUGUGGUGCAGAAGAGGCACCACACCAGAUUGUUUUGCGCUGACAAGAAGGAACAAAGUGGGAAGAGUGGGAAUAUUCCAGCGGGAACCACAGUCGAUGUUGGGAUCACACAUCCGACAGAAUUUGAUUUUUAUUUGUGCAGUCAUCAGGGUAUACAGGGUACAUCAAGGCCGUCACACUACCAUGUCCUAUGGGAUGAUUCCCAUUUGGAUUCGGAUGAACUUCAGUGUUUGACGUAUCAGUUGUGUCACACUUAUGUGCGCUGUACUCGGUCUGUUUCUAUACCGGCACCGGCUUAUUACGCCCAUUUGGUAGCUUUCCGAGCAAGAUAUCACUUAGUAGAAAAGGAGCAUGACAGUGGUGAAGGUUCGCACCAGUCGGGUUCUUCCGAAGACCGAACACCCGGAGCCAUGGCAAGGGCUAUAACAGUGCAUGCAGACACCAAGAAGGUGAUGUAUUUCGCUUAGUGCAUCCCUCGAGUGUGAAAAAUGGGAUGGAGGAAGUGUUUGUUUACGGAAAAUUUGUCUUUUUCUUUCAUCGGAGUCAAGAAAACCAAGCACCAAAAAAACCUUGAUUUACUGAUAUUUACAACACAUAAGUCAUAAUUUAGCAAUGGAAUGGACGUUUUUUGUUGUUCCGUAUGACGAUCACCCUCCUCUUGCACAAAUCAAAAGACGCUUUGUAAAAUGAAUUAAUUGAAACAAAAGGACCUUAAGUUAACACAAUCCAUUAUUGAAGGAUCUCAUUAUUAAAUUAUGACUUGCUGGUUUUAUUUAGCAUUAAGUGCACGUGACGGUUUAUUAAUCAUGUUUGUUAUCCUUUGUAGUUUAAGGAUCAUAUAAUUUAUUUGAUGCCAAUCAAGUUGUAUACUUAAGGGCCGACAGAAAUAAUCCAUUGUAAUUUUGUGAUAUUCCAACACUCAGCGUAGAGAAAAAUACAGAAUAAAAUACGCCGCUUUGGUAUAUUUUUAUUUAAAUUCAUGCUUGUUUUAAUGUCACUGCAGGUUUUAACAAUAAUUCAAACGGCGCAUAUCAAUCAUUUAUUUGAUAAUUAGAAAGCGAAUUCUAUUAUUAUUAAGUGUAUUAUUAAAUCGUGUAGCUGUUUCCAUUGUUUCGAAUUCUAGUUCUUUUAUCUUCCACUAGGCCUUAUCAGGAACUUACAAAUUGUAUAUUUAUCGUAGGGUUUUGUUUCGCAAUUUUCCUGUCCUUUGUAUUUUAUUACAUUAAAUGUACGAAUAGUUUAUUUUGUAUUUUCUGUUAUUCGAAUCAUGCAACUGAGUUAUUUUUGUCAAACUAGUUGAGAUAUAAGCACAAAUACAUGUACCUAAUCUAAGUAACAAAAUGUAGUUUUCAGUCUAGUUCGCUGGACUUCUUUGGUUCAUGCUACAAGUGGUCCAAAACGCUUGGUCGUGUGGUGGCGUUUGGCAGCAGUGUUGAUCUUUUGGACCAUCCUGUACAUUAUGAAAAUUGAAUGUUGGUUACUGUGUUAUUCUUAUUUUAUGUACUGACCUCGAUCAUCUUAAAGAAGAUACAUAAUAAAGUUUAAAGCAAGUU